GGUCUGCUGUGUAAGGGCUGGAAUCGCUGGGCACCCCCACCCCCCGGAGGAGCGUAUACACCCCCGGAAAAACAGAGUCCAAAUCUGCGAAGUAAAGCCCCCACCCCACCCCCGCACGCUUAUGAGAAGAUCUCAGCCGCUCAUUUACUGCGCAAUCCUAUUCGUGUUUACUCUUAGGUUGUGCUUUGUCCCCGGAUUUAUUUGGCCACCUGCCCUUCCACUGCCUUGCUGCUGCGCCCCCAGAAAUCCUGCUAUGUGGCUCCCAACCAGCUGAAUCUCUUCCCCAUAGUGGGGAGAAAGGGAGAUGGAAGAGGAGUGAGGAAGCGGAGCUAAGGGGAACUGCUGAGUUAGCUGAACUGCCUCUUUAUUUGUCUGCCUGGUUCCCAGGGCUGGCUAUGCAAUGCUGCUGUGGCUGACGCCCUGAGAUGGCCAAAACGGGCACCGAUGAACCUCAGUUACCACUAGAAGAUGGGGAGUCUGCUUCGCAGGUCAAAGAUGAGUGGUCGGAGGCCAGGUCAGAUUCUCACAGCACUGUGAAGAUCGAGGUGGUUUGCACAGAUGAUGGAGAGAGCUCUACCCACAGCGCUGCCGAGGAGCCGGCCCGCAAGCGCAAGAAGGGCCCCGCCCCGAAGAUGUUGGGCGACGAGGUCUGCAGCGUGUGCGGCGACAAGGCCUCGGGAUUCCACUACAACGUGCUCAGCUGCGAGGGCUGCAAGGGCUUCUUCCGGCGCAGUUUCAUCAAGGGGGCACAGUACACCUGCAAGGGCAGCGGGCAGUGCCACAUGGACAUGUACAUGCGCCGGAAGUGCCAGGAGUGCCGCUUGAAGAAGUGCCGACAGGCCGGCAUGCGAGAGGAGUGUGUUCUGUCGGAAGAGCAGAUCCGCAAGAAGAAGAUCCGGAAGCAGCAGGAGGGGGAAGUGGCAUCAGGUGGGGAGGGGGGUGGAGGCGAGGUCCUCCGAGUGCCUCCUCUGCCCUGCGAUCCUGCUUUGCCCCAACCCGAGCCAGCUCCGCUCACGCCCCAGCAGGAGGGCAUGAUCCGGCAGCUGGUGGCAGCGCAACAGCAGUGCAACAAGAGGAGCUUCAGCGACCAGCCCAAAGUCACGCCCUGGCCAAUGGGCAGCGACCCCAACAGCCGGGAGGCUCGGCAACAGCGCUUCGCCCACUUCACGGAACUGGCCAUCAUCUCGGUGCAGGAGAUUGUGGACUUUGCCAAGCAGGUGCCCGGCUUCCUGCAGCUCUCUCGGGAAGACCAGAUUGCGCUACUCAAGGCCUCCACCAUCGAGAUCAUGUUGUUGGAGACAGCCCGGCGCUAUAACCACGAGACCCAGUGCAUUACCUUUCUUAAAGAUUUCACCUACAGCAAGGAUGACUUUCACCGUGCAGGUCUGCAGGUCGAGUUCAUCAACCCCAUCUUUGAAUUCUCCCGGGCCAUGCGACAGUUGCAGCUGGACGACGCCGAGUACGCCCUCCUCAUCGCCAUCAACAUCUUCUCAGCCGACCGGCCCAACGUGCAGGACCACGGCCUUGUGGAGGCACUGCAGCAGCCCUACAUCGAGGCCCUCAGUUCUUACAUCCUCCUCCACCGCCCACAGGACCGCCUGAUGUUCCCACGCAUGCUGAUGAAGCUGGUGAGCCUGCGAACUUUGAGCAGCGUACACUCCGAGCAGGUCUUUGCUUUGCGCCUUCAAGACAAGAAACUUCCACCGCUGCUCUCCGAGAUCUGGGAUGUACACGAGUAGACAUUUUGGGGGUGGGGUGAAGGGAGGGUGCAGCCCCUCCCUCCCUCACACACACACACACCUCUCUCUCUCUCUGUCUCUCUGUCUCUCUCUCUCUCUUUCUCUCGGCCCCUGCAGACCUGGCUCCCCUGUGAGGGAUUCUUUGGGACCUUGGCAUAAGACUUGCUACAGAUGGACCGUGAUAAGGCCAAAGGGACUGCAUCAAGGGGGCUUACAAAGCACUUCCCCCCCCCCUGCCCUGUCUACUUGUUUUCGCUCCACGCCUUGCUUCCCCACUUCUGGUUUUGGGGAUUGGGGAGUGGAGUUGGCUACAGUUCUUUUUUUGGGAUGGGAGGGAGAAGAUGCAAAGGGGCUUCUCCCCCCAAAGACUGAUCAUGGAGAAUGAACCACAUCGCCCCGUGUGGCAUUCUUGUUUGUCAGCCCUCAUGUGCGCCCCACUACGAAGGGCGGAAGGAGAGUAUUGCAACGGAGAAGAAGUAGGAAGGGGCAGGGGGCAGAAUACCGUAUGCCUGGUGUGUGGGGCAGAUGCCCAGAAAAAUAAAUUCCGUCAUGACAAACCAA